CGCCGGGAGCCGUAGUCCGGCGGGAGGAGGCCCCGCGGUGGCUGCGCCAUGGCGGCCGGCGGGGCCCCGGCGGGCGGCGCGGGGCGCUCGAAGGUGGCUCCGAGCGUGGACUUCGACCACAGCUGCUCGGACAGCGUCGAGUACCUCACCCUCAACUUCGGGCCCUUCGAGACCGUGCACCGGUGGCGCCGCCUCCCGCCCUGCGACGAGUUCGUGGGGGCCCGGCGCAGCAAGCACACCGUGGUGGCCUACCGGGAUGCCAUCUACGUGUUCGGCGGGGACAACGGGAAGACGAUGCUGAACGACCUGCUGCGCUUCGACGUGAAGGACUGCUCGUGGUGCAGGGCUUUCACCACGGGGACGCCGCCGGCACCGCGCUACCACCACUCGGCCGUGGUCUAUGGGAGCAGCAUGUUCGUGUUCGGUGGUUACACUGGGGACAUUUAUUCCAACUCCAACCUGAAGAAUAAAAAUGAUCUCUUUGAGUAUAAGUUUGCAACUGGACAGUGGACAGAGUGGAAGACUGAAGGAAGGGUGCCCGUGGCCAGGUCCGCUCACGGCGCCACUGUGUACAGCGACAAGCUCUGGAUCUUCGCCGGCUACGACGGCAACGCUCGGUUAAAUGAUAUGUGGACAAUUGGCCUGCAGGACAAGGAGCUAACAUGCUGGGAGGAGAUUGAGCAGAGUGGUGAAAUUCCUCCUUCCUGCUGCAACUUCCCCGUGGCUGUUUGCAAGGACAAGAUGUUUGUUUUCUCUGGCCAGAGUGGAGCCAAGAUCACCAACAACCUCUUUCAGUUUGAGUUCAAGGAGAAGAUCUGGACGCGGAUCCCCACGGAGCACCUCCUGCGCGGCUCGCCGCCGCCGCCGCAGCGCCGCUACGGCCACACCAUGGUGGCCUUCGACCGGCACCUCUACGUCUUCGGGGGAGCUGCAGACAACACCCUGCCCAACGAGCUCCACUGCUAUGAUGUGGACUCUCAGACCUGGGAAGUCAUCCAGCCCAGCCCAGACAGCGAGCUACCCAGUGGGAGACUCUUCCACGCUGCAGCUGUGAUCUCGGACGCUAUGUACAUCUUUGGGGGCACAGUGGACAACAACAUUCGAAGUGGAGAGAUGUACAGGUUCCAGUUCUCUUGUUACCCAAAGUGCACUCUCCACGAAGAUUAUGGAAGGCUGUGGGAAAACAGACAGUUCAGUGACUUGGAGUUUGUCUUGGGAGAGAAGGAAGAGCGAGUCCGAGGGCACGCAGCCAUCGUCACAGCCCGCUGCAAGUGGCUGAGAAAGAAAAUCAUCCAGGCAAGGGAGAGGCUGAAACAGAAGUCCAAGCAGGACGUUGAGGAGGAGGGGCAGGCGCCGUGCCCGCGGGAGGGCGGCGGCGUGAGGCUGUGCCGCCUGCAGCCCCUGCUGGAGGUGCCCAUCCGGGAGGCCGAGGCACAGCCCUUCGAGGUGCUCAUGCAGUUCCUCUACACAGACAAAAUCAAAUACCCACGGAAAGGCCAUGUGCAGGAUGUGUUGCUCAUUAUGGAUGUCUACAAGCUGGCCUUGAACUUCAAGCUCUCUCGCCUGGAGCAGCUCUGCCUGCAGUACAUUGAGGCUUCAGUCGACCUGCAGAAUGUGCUCAUUGUGUGUGAAAAUGCUAACAAGCUUCAGCUGGAUCAGCUAAAGGAGCACUGCCUGAACUUCGUGGUGAAGGAGACCCAUUUUAAUCAGGUGAUAAUGAUGAAGGAGUUUGAGCAUCUUUCUUCAUCCCUGAUAGUGGAGAUUGUGCGGAGGAAGCAGCAGCCCCCAGUGCGGACACACUCGGACCAGCCGCUGGACAUCGGAACCUCAUUAAUCCAGGACAUGAAGGCUUACCUGGAAGGAGCUGGGACUGAGUUCUGUGACAUCAUCCUGCUCUUGGACGGGCACCCACGGCCUGCCCACAAAGCCAUCCUGGCAGCGCGCUCCAGCUACUUCGAGGCCAUGUUCCGCUCCUUCAUGCCAGAGGAUGGGCAGGUGAACAUCUCCAUAGGGGAGAUGGUCCCCAGCAAGCAGGCCUUCGAGUCCAUGCUCAGAUACAUCUACUAUGGAGAGGUGAACAUGCCUCCUGAAGACUCCCUGUACCUCUUUGCUGCUCCCUACUACUAUGGCUUCUCCAACAACAGGCUGCAGGCCUACUGCAAGCAGAACCUGGAGAUGAAUGUCACAGUGGAGAAUGUGCUGCAGAUUCUGGAGGCAGCUGACAAGACCCAGGCCCUGGACAUGAAGAGGCACUGCCUGCACAUCAUCGUCCACCAGUUCACCAAGGUCUCCAAGUUGCCAAACCUCCGCUCCCUGAGUCAGCUGCUCCUCCUGGACAUCAUUGAGUCCUUAGCUAACCACAUCUCAGACAAGCAGUGCGCAGAGCUGGGCGCUGACAUAUGACCUGCCUGGGAACCCAAACUGCAGCCAUUGCUCACCAAAACCAGCACUUUACAGCUGAUGCCUUAGUGUUUGACCAUUCCACACUGAGCACACAGCAGAGCGAGGGUGGCCCAGAGGAGCCUGGGCAGCAGCCUUGCUCUGCCCUGCUCCGUCCCUUGGUGGGAGAAGGCUUUGGUCUCUGUUACACAAACACCAAACCGAAACUGUUACAGGGAUGAAUCUGUUCCAGCUGCUUGGGGGAGUCACACAGCUCAGGAUCUGGCCUG